CACUCUCCCACCUCAACAUCCUAGGUUAGAAUCCACCAUUCAUGGAUCCCCCGCCCCUCCCAGUCCCACCCCUUCCUGCUACCUCCGCCACCAGCAUACACAUCAACUAUCCGGAGUCCGUCGAGUCCUCUCCCCGCUCUCACAUGGCUGUCGACAAUUUCCAUGAGUCCCUACCACCGGUCCCAAGUGCCAAGCUCCGCCUAAUGUGCAGCUAUGGAGGCCACAUUAUCCCUCGCCCGCACGACAAGUCCCUCUGCUAUGUAGGAGGUGAGACAAGAAUUGUAGUUGUCGAUCGCCACUCCUCUCUCUCUUCCCUAACAUCUCGCCUUUCCCGCAUUCUUCUUGAUGGGCGUUCUCAAUUCACUCUCAAGUACCAGCUACCCCACGAAGACCUCGACUCUCUAGUGUCUGUAACCACAGAUGAAGAUCUUGAUAACAUGGUUGAAGAAUAUGACCGGAUAACUUCAUCGGCGUCAUUGGCUUUAGCUCCCUCUCGUAUCCGCUUGUUCCUUUUCUUUAACAAGCCCGAAACUGCAGCAUCUAUGGGGCCACUUCUUGCUGACUCUAAGUCAGAGACAUGGUUUGUUGAUGCGCUUAAUGGUUCAGGUUUAUUUCCAAGAAAUCUCUCAGAUUCUGCCACCGUAGAUUGCUUGGUGAAUCUUGAUGACGAGCAUCGUCAUCAUGACUUCGAGGCUCAAGCAGAGGGUGUAGAAGGCGCAGAGGGAGAGAGCAAGCAAGAAAAGAAUAAUGUACCGGUGGAAGUACUACAUCAUGAUGUGCAGGCUACGAUGCCAGACUCACCUAUAGUGGAGAAUUGUUCUUCAUUUGGUUCAUCUUCUUCUUCCCCUUCAAUGUGCAACCUGCCGCCUAUUCGGGUUCGUGUGGAAGGUCAUCACAAAGUUGGCGUAGAGGAACAAUUUGCACAGAUGACAUUCGCGCAAGUUGUGCAGAAACAAGAUGAUGGGUGCGGCCUUUUAUCUGCAGCUUUGCCUCCACUUCCCACAGCAGUAGCUGCAGUUGGGAAUGUGGCAACGCUUAAUCCUGCAGGCGGUUCUAGCGAGAACUUGAGUCGGGUUUUAUCAGAUGACGAGAUAUCAGAUCAGGGUAUGCCGGUCACUUUUCGAAAACCACCAUUGCCUCUGAAGCCUGUGCAACAAAAGGCUGGUGCCUGCGGUUACAAUCUGCCUUCACCAGAUUCAGUUGCAAGUGAUUCUGCAAGUUCACUCUCCAAGACCAUGUAUUAUCAAGAACAAUAUCAAGCUGCAUUGGGAGACAGCAGGGCUCCUCUGAACCCAGAUGCAAAAUGUGAAAUUUCAGUCCCAAGCUCUCAAAUCCAAAUCCAACCAGCUCCAAAUCUCGGGUACGGGUCGCCGACACAGUUUGAUCAGCAGCAACAGCAACAAUUGGUACACACCAGCACACAUUUUAUACCCCAUCCUGCCACAACUCCAUUGCCAAUUUCAUCUUACUACCCACUUUAUGCUCCUCCUCCUACUCCAUCACAGCAAGUACAGCCUCAACAACCACUUGAUACGCAAUCCCCUGUAUAUGUAAUGCCUGUUGCACAAACCCAAACAUACAUGUCUGCUCAAUCUAAUAUCGUGGAAACUGCAGCUACUGUAAUAACCCCAAGCCACCCACCAUCACCUCCAACUCCUAACAUAGUUGCUGCUUCUGCAGUUUACAAGGACACACUUUCACAUCCACCCCUUUACCCCACAAAGGCAGCAGGCACCAGCGCCGUCCUAGCUAAGCCCGAAACGGCUGCAGGUGUUUAUAGAACAGCCGUGACCUCAACACCCACAUUUGUCCCAAUCCCAGCUGCUCAAUUUCAGCAACAAUAUGUGGGUUAUGCUCCGGUGCAACAGCUAUCUCAAUCCAUUGCCGUUCCUGCUGGUGCUAAUGCUAAUUAUGGUUUUGAAUAUGCCAAUGCCACACCUGAACAAGUCUAUUACACUCAUCAGAUUCAAGCUUCCCCAUUGCCUUCUCAGUACCAAACCAUGACCCCAGCUGCUGCUGUAGCUCUAGCUGAUGCUUCAAAUCAGCUUCCAACAAGCAACACCAUGCACCAGAUUGGAACCUCCCAGCCUCUCUAAAGUACUAUUGGGUCUUCCUCUUGUUGCUAGUAUUCUACGUUCCUUUUUUAGUGGGAAAUGAAGGAGAAGUCUUUUUUUGCUUCCCUUGAAUAUAUGUAUAAGACUGAUAUUGAAUAAAAAUUCUGUACAAGAAAAUAUUUGUUGAGAA